AUAGAAUAAGAUCGAUAGAAUUGGAGGGACGUUCACAGCUCUGCAUAUGUGAAUGAAGGAAUACCAUCCAUAAUUUGUCAUUGUCAUAAGUGACAGUGACACUGUAAAACAUAACCAAACAACUGCUUAAAUCAACAAAAAUCAACAAUAACAUGCAUUAAAUAGUGUUUUUUUGUCGAUAUUUCCUCAAUAGGGAGAUGUCCAAAGACGCCCGAUAUGGUCUGCUAUACAGUGAAUAUGAAUACGCUACGUAUCUCCGUAUACCAUUUGAAAAAUUUUCCCUAGUGGUUGUGUGCUUCCCUCUGCUAGCGUUUAUCUUUUGUGUAGCCUAUUCCGUCCUGUACAAUUUUGAAAGCGCAACCUACACGCAUUGCCAGGUAUACAACCUCCUCCCAUCUAUAUCGGCAGCUAUAGGGAAUUUUUCCCCUCAAAGAGAAAUCUGGCAGGGUGCUAUUGCUCUACAUGCAGUACCCCGAUUUUAUGUUGCCUAUGAGUACCUACAACAUCAUAACAGUGUAUUGUACUCACAGGACCUUUGGAUUGGCCAUAUAGCAUUCUUCCUUAAUGUUAUUGAAAACAUUGCAUUGAUAAUGCUGUCAUUUUUCACAUCUUCCAGAUAUUAUGCUGUACAUGAAAAGGCAUUUAUUACAUUCAUAGUAGGAUCUGAAAUUUACAUGUUUUUGACAUGUAUUUUGCAAAGUCGAUAUAAGAAAAAAUCAAGAAUCAGUCUGAAAUGGAAGAAAAGGUUUUUAAUUGCCAAUGUCGUCUGCAUUGUAGCUGCUGUGUACUUUUUCAUGAGGCACAACUCGUUCUGCGAACCUUAUGUAUAUACGUUGUUUGCUCUCGCGGAGUACAUAGUAGUGCUGUCCAAUAUGGCGUUUCAUCUAACGGCAUAUUUCGACUUCGAGAACAAGGACUUGGUAGUUUACAAACGAGGUGUAGCUUUAACAGAUAGAUAAUAUUUGGUUAUAUAGCUAGUCAUUAAGUAAGUUUAACGUUUGUUGUUUUUUAUAUUUGUUUUGUUAUAUUUUUUAUAUGUAUACCUGAUAUAGUUUAAGGGUGUUUUUGAUCCUUUCUGUAGAACAUUUCUUAGUAUUUAUAAUCUGGUACCAAGUAUUUAAAAAAUUGUGAUUCACAUACUUUAUAUUGAAUUUAUAAGACCAUUAGGCGUAUAAGGUUCAAUUUACAUAUAGAUGAUACAUAACUAUUGCACAUAGUGUAAAUAAAUCGAGUUGUAAGUUAUGGAUGAAUGAGGCAGAUCUUAAGCAAGGGUUAAAUAGACAGUAUAGGGUUCAUGGAUAUUCAGGUAUAUAUUUUAUUUCACAUCAAUUCAAUUCAACCUUGGUGACUAAUUUAACAAAUUACCUAAAUUAAAUAGGUACAUAACAACUUAAAAACUGCUCCUUCAAUACCCAAUGAAUUCAGAAUCUAAUGGAGAGUUCUUAAUGCAGUAAAGCUUGAUAAAAUUAUAAAUAGACCAGGAUAUCUAGAAUUUAGAUACAACAUUUUAUACCGGCUAACUUUUUUCAUUAAAUGUUGCAAAAAUCACAUUUUCGCGUAUAGUCAAAUAGUUACAAAUUAUUAUAGUUUUUUUUAUAUUGAGCAUCACAAUGGCUUUAUAUUUUGGCUAUUAUUGCAGAUUUAACCGUAUGCAUUUUCAAGUAAAAAAGUAUAUAGAAAACGACUAUUUUUUGUAAUACCAACUUGACCGUUCCAAGGUCUAAUUUUGAAGAUAUUUUCUCCUACAACUUUUCUUGGGUUACUUACACCAAUAAUUCCCAACUAUUUGACUAUACUACAAUAAACAGUCAUUUUUCAAACUUUAACCUUUAAUAGAAAGUUAUAUAUCAAAAAUUUUUGUAUCUCUCGAUGAGGCGCCUUUUCAUAUACCAUCAAGAAUAUAAUUCCGAUCUAAAACAGCUUAUUACAACUGAUCUCGAAGGCCAUGAAAUCAGCAUCCCUUAUAUAUUUUUUUGGGUCAUUAUACAGUGUCCCAGAAUUCGACGUCAAGCCGGAAAAAUCGAAAAAAAUCUAAGUCGUGUACUUUUCAAGUUAUAGGCGUUAAAGAAAAAUCUGUAAAAUCGGAAAAAUCUACAUGAUUAGUUCUCACUACUACAAAUUCCAAUUUUUUCUUAGAUGGAGUGACGUAUAGUAUCAUUCUACGUAGUCACAAGAGAGUAUACUUUUGGGCACUCCAAUGCUUGCAUCUAUUUGACGUACUGAAGUACUCGGGUCUUCUUUGACUGCUUGUAGUACGACGUCCUCGUAAAAGGAAGAAGGAAGAAAAGGAAAUUGUUCCUUCACGAUGUGCUUGAUUUGGGAAUUAGGAAAAACUUGGCGAUCGGGAUGACGAGCAGCAUUUGGGUACCUCUCACGAUAAAACGCUAGCUGCAGCACUAGCAUUGCAUCUACAUUCCGCAUAAAAGAGGUGCAUGUUGGUGUAUUCCUGUACGGUGAAUACAGACAUAAUAAAAGUGGCGUACUAUAUUUCUUGCUGUCACUACGUAUAACGACACUGUCCAGCACUCCGUCUAAGAAAAAAUUGAAAUUUGUAGUAAUGGGAACUAUAAGAUCAUCACAGGGUGUAGAUUUUUUAAAGCUUGUAAUUUGAAAAGUACACGACGAUUUUUUUAUAUUUUUCUGAUAACUAUUAUGACUUGGCCUUACCCUCGUUUCCGGAUCGACGUCGACUCCUGAUUCACCCUGUAUAUUAUACUAAGGAAUUAUUGCCACAUCCCCUUGAUUUGCUUAGAACUCUUCCAUCGGAGCUCAGAACUUAUCGUAAAAUUGCGGAUGCCAGCUUGAUGUUUUCUGAUGGUGAAAGCAACCUAGUAAGUAAUCUGCUCUUUUUUAAUUUGCAAUCUGUAUUCUCGUAUUUUGAAAAACUUUGACUAUGAAAAGUAAAAAUUGACAAGGACCUACUCUUAAUUUUUGAAUUAUAUACUGUCUGAGGGCUUUUUCGAAAAUAUUUCUAGCUAUUUUUCCAAUUUGUAAAUAAUAUUUUCAACAAAGCCUGGUGUAUAUACCUACUUUAUGAAGAAUCGAUAUUUUUAUAAGUAACAGGCGGUAUUCGAAUUGCCAGUAUAUUUAUAUAUUUAAUAAUAUGAAGAGUAGGCUACAAGCAUUUAAGCGUAUUAUCUGUAAAAAGAAAUAUUAUUGUCAUAUGAGAACUCAAAUGUCAUUUUAUCGUUGGUGUCGGAUAUCUCAUUAGAGAGUUUUAAAAUUUCUGUUAUAACUUUGAUUUUGUUAGUCAGCGUUCUUUGUACUUAUGUAUUAUUAUCAUCUUGUUUUGUUUGUAUUAAAAAGCGAAAUUCAAUCAAGUGAUAGUAUUUGCUUCUGAUAUAAUUUUUGAGACUCAAUAGUUUAAAUGAAUAUUAGUUCAUAUAAAUAAUCCAUCAAUUCCAGAUUUACAUCUGAUACAACUAAUCUCGCUGCCCCAAAGAUAUAUGAACGUGUUGUCAUGUCUGUUGUACUUUUACUAUACCAACGUCCCAGCAUUACAGAUAUUUUGAUUCCUGUACUUUGAUACGUAUUUGCACACGUUUAAUCGUUUUUUUUUGUCUGUUUUGCUAUAGAAAAUACAAGACCACAUUCUAAAUAUGAUGGCAUAUCCUACCUCUAAAUGCAAAUUGAUGGGAUGUCAAAGACAUUCUAUCAUAUGGUAGUACACGAGAACGUCAUGGCCGUGUGAUGUGAUAACAUUACGUUUCUAAAUGCUUAAAGUCUUUUUAAUGAGUAUCCAUUACGGUAGAAUAACAGCUGAUUAUCUAGGUAAUAUUUCAAAAUUCUCGAUAUCGACUAGUGACACCCAAUUUUGACUGAUCCUUCAACGCCAGGUAAACAUUUUGUUGUGGUUUUUUGUACCCUACGCAUUCAUUUUAUAAUUGCUAACAACUCUUUUAUUUAGAAAAGUUUCUUCGCGUACAAAAAACGCUACAAACAGAUUUACAACCGAUUCAUCAUUGCCAACAUUACAGAAUAAUAUGAAGAUGUCACUUGCUGAUCAGGGCUGCAUUCGUAAAUUGUUACAGAGUGGACCUUGUGUUACUCUGUAACAACUUCAGCGUUCGUAAUUAUUUGACGUACUGUUCCAUGUGUUCGGAAGCAGAUCAAAGUAAUCGUUCUGGAACGUCAAAAGUGCACUUUUCUUCCCGUGCUUAAAACCUUGGGAAUAAGCCUAUUGGCACUUGUCAUUCAUAUGGUUCAUUGUUUGUGUACUUCGUCUGUUUAUCAAAAAGUACUCAGAAUUGACAGAAUAUAUAUUUUUCACGAUAAAUGGUCAUAUCCAUAGCGUUUCAUGUUGUGAAUUGUGGCAGAAAACGUAGUUAGAAAUUAGUAUGUCAUCAUCAAGUGUCGUUAUAAGACUUCGAAAUGAUUUAGGCGUUCUAAAAAUAAAGUUGCACAACAUUCCAGAGUAAAAUAAUUUCAUCUGUCGACCUACAUUUCACAAAUACACCUCAGCUGUUCACCUCAGUAGACGUAAAAACGUAAUGGAUACUCGUGGAAUACAGUUUAUAUGCGUUCGUAGGGUUCCAAAUACUUCUCACGUGGCGUGAGUAUGUAACACCUCGUGAGAUCAGGAGGCGUGACAAUAGCGUCUUCAAAGCCUUUAAAGCAGUGUAGUUAUUAGGUGUUUAUGAUCUAUAGUUCAAGACUUCCUAAUAUAUCUCCCAAAGUGAAUAGUUUCAUAGGCAUGUUAAACGUUUUCAUGCUGGUUAACAGAGUGAUUUAUACGAGUGAGAAUAAGUUUUGUAGUUGUGAAACCUUCUAUUCAUUAUUUGGGUAGAGGUAUAAUUUUUUUCAUGCAUUAUGUUAAACGCCUGGCUGAAAAAUUGAAUUUAGUGUUUUUGACAAUGAUCAGUCAUGGGCGCCGGCAGGAAUUUUUCUCGGGGAGGGCGGUGAUCAUCGGCAAGGGAUAACUUUUUGAAGCGCGCAAAUUUAUUCAGGGGAAGAAUCCAGAAAACCUCCAAAAUUGUAAUCAUGCUAGAUAUGCAAAUUUUCACAUGUGACCAGUUAUAAUUUUGCAGGCCAAAGAUGUAUGAAAUAUGGAAUAGCCAGUGCAGAAUGCAGGCAUAAAUGAAUAUGGACUGAUUUGAUGUUCUUAUAAUAAGCCGCGAGAUCCUUGAGGAAGCGUUGAAUCUCAUAUCUUCCAGUUAAACUGUUGAAGAGGUGGGCGGUGUGGGCUAGCGUUGUCAUGAAGAACGAUUACAUCCUUAAUAUUCCUCGGUUUCUAUAUUGCGCGUCUGAGCUUUUUCCGCGUUUCACAGUACCUGUCAGAGGCCGUGCACCUGCUUGAGAAUCCGGGUGGACGUUAAUAUUUGCAUAUUUAGCAUGAUUUUGUGUACAAUUUUGGAGAUGCGAAAAUUUACUAUCCCCGCUCUUAAAAAAGCUAUGGGCUCAGAAACAAACUUCUUUUCAAAAAGUUAUGGGGGAGGUACGCUUUCACAAAAAGUUAUAUCUUGCUGAUGAUCGCUCCCCACCCUGAGAAUAAUUUCUGCGUACGCACAAGAGCGUCAAGAAUGUAUUGACCAAUGGUGAGACUAUGUAGAAACAUUGUUGAAUGUUUAAACUUAAAAACGAUUGAAACCUAUUGAAAAACGGUCUUUUUAUGAAAUUUUAAAAUAGGAAUGAUUAUUUUUGGGAUUGUUCUCGUACUUUCAUUUGGCAUUAAUCCAUUACAAUGAUUGAUUACAGCUCAGUAAUAUCUACAUUGAUUUUGUAACAAUUAUCUUAACAGUCAUGAGUAAAGUCAAUGUUACAUAAACUAUUGUGGGGAAGGUUAAGGGAGUAUUUCGCAUAUGCAUUUUAUUGUUCAUCAUCAAUACUAAACAGAUACAUUGUAAACUUUGGGUUAGAAAUUGUGGAAUUUGAGUAAUUUAUAUAAUAAUUUUUACUGUAGGUAGCUCAUACUAUGCUCGAAACUUUUAUACAAUUAUAUCGUUAGUAUUUUUUGAUAUUCUUAAUAUAAGAACAC